GACACACACAGCUACAGCUUUAUUUAUCUUUCAAUCACAUAUGACCAUACUACUACCACCAAAAUGGCCCAGUGUUUGGGCAAAAUCAGUUCACAGAUGAAGAGCAGCUGGCUGAAGAUGAACUUGAGAAAAACAGUCAUGAUGUUGGUGUGCAGAAGAAAGGACUUUGAACAGUUUGCAGCCACCUUUACAGUCUCCUUUGGGUACACGUUGACCAUUAGUCAUUUCAACCUGAUUUUUUAGGAAUACUCUCUAAUACUAACCUCUCAUAUAGCAACAUUCACAAUUAACUCUUUCUACCAUCUCUGGUUGGCUAGGAGACUCCAUCACAUCACCACAGAUGACCUGGCUGGCAUUGACUGUACAUGCCAACACAAAAAACAACACAAGCAUAUAGGGACAAAAUUAGAAAGGCCAAAGCACAAAAUGAGAUUAAAUGAGCUAGAAACAUAAAGAGUAACAAGAAAACAUUCUACAAAUACAUUAGAAGCAAGAGGAAGAUCAAGGCCUGUGCAGGGUAGGCCCCUUACUCAAGGAGGGGGGAAUGACAAUAGGAGAAAAUGUGGAAAGGGUAGAAGUGCCAAAUGACUUUUUUGUUUCCGUUUUUACCAAAAAGGUAGUAGCAAUUGGACGCAUGGGUGAUGCAUGGGGGGGGGGACAUGUGGAGUCCCGCGCCCCCCCACCCCCAGGAUUUCUGCUUGGCCUGCUGGGGAGAGGAAGAGGGGCUCUGUCCUUCUCCUGCUACACCUGCCCCUCCAGCGUGCUUGGCCCCUGUCCCUGGCAGCCAGGCCCAGGAAGGCAGCUGAAGGGGCAGGACCAACUGCUUCCCAUGCUGGCCACUCUGGAUCAUUGCUCUGUGCAGCGCAGAGACUGCCUGAGAGAGAGCCCAGCUGCUCCCUGCCCAGGCCCAGCUGAGAAGGACAGGGGCCGAGUGAACCAGAAACAUGCUGGGGGAUGGGGUUGCUUUGUCUUGCUUGUCCCUUGUCCUUGGCAGCCAGGCCCAGGCUCUCUCUCAGGCAUCUGCCACCUUGCACAGAGUCAGCGACUCAGAGCAGCCAGCUUCAGCCGCCAUGAGAAGUGGCUCCCUCCUGCUCCCCACUCGGGCCCGGCUGCCAGGGAGAGUGGUUGAACAUGCCGGGGCACAGGAGAAGGGAGGCUCAGCAGGAGGAGGAUAGAGGUUCUCUCCCUCCCUAGCAGGCCAAGCAGAAAGCUAAAGCUUGUGAUGAAGAUGGUGGUCAACACCUUCACUCCUCUGGCACAAUGGGACUCUCUACAAUAAAGGUCAAGAUACAGCAGGAGACAGAAGUUUCUCAGUAGCUGGUCCACGAAUGUGGGACAAAUUCCUACAGGAAUUAAGGACCAUCAUGACCUUACCACCUUCCACUUCAAGUGCAAGGCACAGUUAUAUGACCUUGCCUUCUCUAAUAUAAACAUAUAACAGCAUAUUCAUUUACAGAAAAAAAAUCCCCAUCAAACAAGAAACUAUACUGCACAAAUUCUCCCUCUAGAAAGAUGAGAGAAUUAAACAUGUGACAGAUGUGAGUCACGCUGCUUAAUGCAGUACUGAAAGGUGCACAGACACUAUGAUAAGAGUGGUAUAAGAACCUAUAUAGGAUAGGAUAAAAUAGAAUAGUAAUCUGCCAGUUUGGAUCCAUGUUCUAAAGCUGGUUCCAUACUGGAGUUUUCUUUUCUCCAAAUCUACAUGUCUGGGGAAGAGAUGAGGACCACAUGGAAACUGGUUCCGCUGGAUGUAUGUGGGGGUCUCCCAUACACAGUUCUAAUAUUACUUCUAAACCUCAAGAAAUGUGGACUUGUAUAAAUGAAAACUUCUCUUGCUUGUUAUUCAGAUAGGAUACAACCUUCUCAAUACUGGCCAAAUCACUCAAACUGACUGCUGACCACACCAAUACAAUAUUUUGGUUUGAUCUUCUUUGUAAAUAUAUGUAUUUUUGUUGUUAAUCUAGCAAAACCUUUUGUUUAAUUCUUAGGGUAACAUUUACAUAAUAUUAAGGUUUAAAAAAUCUUGCAGGAAUGUAUAUGAUAGUUUCACUGGGUAAAAAAAAUCACUCUCUUGCAGAGAGUCUGUGUAUGGUACCUCUGCAUGAGGAAGGCCUGGGAAAGUGUGCUUCAUGCCAGUGCUGGGGCAGGCUGGGGAAUGGUUAGUAUCUGUGCACCUCAGCGCAGCCACUGGGAACCCCUCUAUAGCAGAAGUGGAGGACAAACAGUCGCUAUUGUAGCAUGCUGCAACCUUGCUGCUUGGCUGUAGGUGGGGGAUGGAUUCCAUUUCUACUAGCUCUUAUUUAGCUGAGUUUCCCGCAUAAUGCAUGUUAGUAUGGGCUGUGUGCAGGUGUGUGUGCAUGCCUAUGCUUUUCAUUCUUGUACAAAUAUCUUAUUGAUUUGAAAUUAUGAGCCCCACCAAUAAGAAGGGAUUGAGAGGAAACAAGCAGGUGCAUAGGUCAAUACCAUAAGGUGGAUACUUUCAUGGGUGCAAAGAUACAAGGAGAUGCCUAAGUGCCUGGAGUCAGCAUUCUGCGUAGACUCAUUGAAGUGCCUGCUGUGAAUAGAGAUGAGGUCCAUGAAGACACCAAUACCAGACACAAUGAGGUGCCUACCUUAUGUUGAAACAUAGCAACUCAUACAUCCUGCAGCAAUAAUCAAUUAAGAUUCAGGCAAUAAAGUGAACAAAAAGGGAUGAUGUCUCUUGAGGCAUCCUCCCCCAUCUUUUGUUUGGUCCUUGUCAGAACGUUGCCUGUUAUAAGCUCUUCAGCACCAAGUUUCUGCAAAGAGCACCUCACCUGAGUAGGACACCGUGCCAAUCAAAAAGCAGGUGCUCCCGAGUCAGCAGGGCUCCAAAGUCAAGGAAGUGAACGCCCGGACAGCGAGCUGCAGCCGUGCCUAGAGCCACUGUAAUGCCCUAGCACAAACACGGCGAGGUGCACCUGUGCCUAGGAGCAAUGAACUGUACCAGUGCUGCUUAGACAGAGCCAGGCGCAGCGAGGGGCACCGGGGCCAGGCAGGUUCAGAGGGAGGCCUGCCCCCAGUCAGUCGCGGCGAGGGCAGCUGAGGCUCACGCCCUGCAGGGCACAGCAGCCCCUCACCCAGGCUCGGGAGGGCAGGUCCGGCCUGCUCCCCUCCCGCCGGGCUCCCCAGCCUGCAGGGGAAGCCCUGGCUGCCAACUGAGGCGGAGUCGGAAGCACGAAAGCACUGGGCGCUAUUGGGCGGGACUGACAGCAGCAGGAGCAGGAGGAGCCGGAGCCGCAGCCGCGGCGCUGGGUCGCGGAGCUGUGACUGAGCGCGGGCAGCAGAGGCGGCGGCGAGCGAGAGCAGCAGCCGCCAGCACCGGAGCAGCCGCAGAGCCCGGGGGAUCCCCGGGAGCCAGCGCGUGCGGCUCAUGAGCCCGGCGCGGAGCCGCCGCCGCCUCUCGCCGCCGCGGCUCUGCGGGUGAAUGAACCUGCCUCCCCGACCGUCUCCAGCAGCGCGAGCGGCUUCGCCGGGGUCCCGGACCCCAGCUUCUCCCGACACAAAAUGGACGGUUUCGCCGGCAGUUUGGCAGCUGUCAAGCAAAGAUCCUCCCGAGAUCUCUGUUCCCAUUUGCACAGUCACGAAUCCGCUUAAAAUCCUCGGCGGGCAGAAACACGCAGAUGAUAGCAUCUCUGCUGCAAGCACAUCCGAUGUCCAGGACCGUCUUUCAGCUCUCGAACUGAGAGUGCAGCAACAAGAAGAUGAAAUCACUGUCCUAAAAGCAGCAUUGGCUGAUGUUCUGAGACGUCUUGCGAUCUCUGAAGACCACGUGGCCUCUGUGAGAAAGUCAGCACCAAGUAAAGGUCAGCCAGGCCUCCGAGAAGCUAUCUCUAUGUCCUGUAUAACCAAUGGAAGUGCAGGAAGCAGAAAAACAGGCCAUAGUUCCUCUGUAUCAAUUGCCAGAAAAGAGACCCUCUCAUCUGCUGCUAAAAGCGGUACAGAAAAAAAGGAAAAACCUCAAGGACAGAGAGAAAAAAAAGAGGAAACUCAUUCUAAUGAUCAAAAUCCACAAAUUCGAGCAUCACCUUCUCCCCAGUCCUCCUUACAGACUCUCCAAACACACAGGCAAACUCAAGAAAGCAAGAGCUCUGCUCCAGCUAAAAGCAUAAAGCGAACUUCGACUGCUGAAAAAUCACAUAGCAUGUGGGACAACUCGGAUGACAGUCGUAAUAAACUGUUGAGGGCAGCUUCAACAUCAAAACUCAUAUCAAAAGUGGCAAAAAAUGCAGAGAAACACAAAGAUGUCAUUGUCAGCCAAGAGGGAGAGUAUAUUAAGAUGUUCAUGCGGGGUCGACCAAUCACAAUGUUCAUUCCUUCUGAUGUAGAAAACUAUGAUGACAUUAGGACAGAACUGCCUCCUGAGAAGUUAAAACUGGAGUGGAUAUAUGGGUAUCGUGGAAGAGAUUGCCGAGCCAACGUAUACCUCCUUCCUACCGGGGAAAUAGUAUAUUUCAUAGCAUCAAUAGUGGUAUUAUUUAACUAUGAAGAGAGAACUCAGCGACACUACUUGGGUCAUACAGAUUGUGUUAAAUGCCUUGCAGUUCAUCCAGACAAAAUUAGGAUUGCAACAGGACAACUAGCUGGAGUGGAUAAAGAUGGAAGGCCUUUGCAGCCCCAUGUUAGAGUAUGGGACUCAGUGAGCCUGAUGACACUGCAGGUUAUUGGCCUCGGCACUUUCGAGCGUGGAGUGGGGUGUCUGGAUUUUUCAAAAGCAGAUUCAGGUUCUCAUUUGUGUGUGAUUGAUGACUCUAACGAGCACAUGUUGACUGUAUGGGACUGGCAGAGGAAAUCAAAGGUAGCAGAGAUAAAGACUACAAAUGAAGUUGUGCUUGCUGUAGAAUUCCAUCCAACUGACGCAAGCACAAUCAUAACUUGUGGCAAAUCUCACAUCUUUUUUUGGACCUGGAGUGGCAAUUCACUCGCAAGAAAGCAAGGGAUUUUUGGGAAAUAUGAAAAACCCAAAUUUGUGCAGUGUUUGGCAUUUUUGGGGAAUGGAGAUGUGCUCACUGGAGAUUCAGGUGGGAUAAUGCUUAUAUGGAGCAAAACUACUGUAGAAUCCACGCCAGGAAAAGGACCUAAAGGUGUAUAUCAAAUAAGUAGACAAAUCAAAGCUCACGAUGGCAGCGUGUUCACACUAUGUCAAAUGAGGAAUGGAAUGCUGCUAACUGGAGGUGGGAAAGACAGAAAAAUCAUUCUGUGGGAUCAUGAUCUGAACCCUGAAAGGGAAAUAGAGGUUCCUGAUCAGUAUGGGACAAUCAGAGCAGUAGCAGAAGGAAAAGCAGAUCAGUUUUUAGUUGGUACUUCACGAAACUUUAUUUUGCGGGGAACAUUCAAUGAUGGUUUCCAAGUAGAGGUACAGGGUCACACAGAUGAGCUCUGGGGUCUGGCAACACAUCCCUUCAAAGAUUUGUUGUUAACAUGUGCUCAAGAUAGGCAAGUUUGUAUGUGGAACUCUGUGGAUCACACACUAGAAUGGACCAGGCUGCUAGAUGAACCAGGGCACUGUGCUGAUUUCCAUCCAAGUGGAACAGUGGUAGCAAUAGGAACACACUCGGGAAGGUGGUUUGUUUUGGAUGCAGAAACAAGAGACCUGGUUUCAAUACACACUGAUGGUAAUGAACAGCUUUCAGUGAUGCGCUACUCAGUAGAUGGCACCUUACUUGCAGUAGGAUCCCAUGACAACUUUAUUUACCUCUACAUAGUGACAGAAAAUGGAAGGAAGUAUAGCAGAUAUGGAAAGUGCACUGGACAUUCCAGCUAUAUUACACACCUUGACUGGUCCCCGGACAACAAGUAUAUAAUGUCAAACUCAGGAGACUAUGAAUACUAUACUUGGGACAUUCCAAGUGGCUGUAAACUUAUCAGGAAUCGUUCGGAUUGUAAGGAUAUAGAUUGGACGACAUACACUUGUGUGCUAGGGUUUCAAGUGUUUGGAGUAUGGCCUGAAGGAUCAGAUGGGGACAGAUAUAAAUGCUCUUGUCGAUCCCAUAAUCGAAAAGUGAUAGCAGUUGCUGAUGAUUUCUGUAAGGUCCAUCUCUUUCAGUAUCCCUGCUCCAAGCCAAAGGCCCCCAGUCACAAAUACAGUGCUCACAGCAGUCAUGUGACAAAUGGCUUUACGCAUAACGAUGGUCACUUGAUUUCAACUGGCGGGAAAGACAUGAGUAUUAUUCAAUGGAGACUUGUGGAGAAGAUCUUUGCCACAAAUGACAUUGUAGUAGAAAUUGGUACAACCAAAGCACCCAUCCCUGCAAGUGAAAGUGUGGUAGAGUCCCUUGCACCUCUUUCACAAUCAUUUGAUGUGGCACAAAAUGAAAGCGUAACCCAGCAGCGCGCUCACAUGUUGGAGAGCAAUUUGGAGCAGACUGUGGAGGCCAAUGAAGAGCAAAGUGAGGAGCAAAGUGAAGGGAGCAGUCUGGAUCCAGGUGAGCCAAGCUAUGAAGCAUCCAAUGAAACAAGUGAGGAGCAAAGUGAAUCCACUGUUACUGAAGACCAGCAAGAUAAUUCACCGGUGUCUUAACACUCAAACUCAGAUGGUCUUUAUUUCCGUUGGUGUGGUGCUUUCAUAAAGGGGAGAGGGUUUAAAUAGGGGAGGGUAAAUAGCUGAGAUUCAUGCCCACUCCAUCUGUUGGGUUUCAGUGAGUUUUUUAGUCUGACUUUGUUUCAAUAUGUGAACUAUCCCAAGGGCCCAGCUUGACAGUUUGUCAAGAACUGGUCAAAGUUAGUAGUGGGACAAGACCAUAGGUUCAUUUUUAAUUCUGAAAUUGCUGUCAGGAAGUGGCAUGAUGUAAAUACUGGAAAAAAGGUUAGUUCUAAGAAAAAGCUGAAUAAACACCUUAAUCAUGUGAAAGUGUUUUCUGGAAGUACUAACACCAAACAGAAGCACUGAAUAAAUACCAGCUGAAUAAUACUGUGCUCUUUUUCCGGUGCAUAAAAAAAAUCUGAAAAAUUACUUUUGUGGAGCUGUUCUUUCUUCUUUUUUUAAUGAAAAAAGGAAAAACAAGAAUAAUGUCAUGUUCAUGAAACUGCCUCUUGAUAUAACACAUAUGCAAUUUCUAACACUACUACUUCCUAAUGGAGUGUGGACGUGUUUGCAGUCUGUCUGCCCUAGGUGCUGCUCGUUAUAAUGCAAAUCAUAUCAAGGAACAGUUUUUAUUGAUCCUUGUGUAUAGACCUAUUUAAUCAUAGAACUUAACGAACAAUCUGUUUGUUUAUGAAUUAUUGAUGACCUAAAGUUGAUUACUAUGUAAGAGUCAAUUGUGUUUUCAAAGAAUUGCUCGCCUUGAUAUUUUGAAACUUAAGAAUCUUUAUAUUGAUCUUGAUGUGAACAGAAGAGAAUGCAUGCCAAGAAAACAAAAGUCUGAUGGUUCUAGGGUUAACGUAGGCUUCAAGCAGACAAAUCGUUCCCUUACAUCUAGGAGAACUAGUAAAUAUAGUUAAAUUGGUGCUUGGGAUUAGUAUAGUAAGAUGUACUUUUUUUUUUUUCCUGUUAUGUGGUGACUUUAAGAAUCAAUAAACUGCAAAUGUUUUUUUUACUGGCUCCUUUAGCAGUCAUGAUAAUAUUACAAUAAUUUAGAUAAUGUUGCGUAUUUUGAGAUUUCUCUUUGGUGAUUUUUCUUUUGCCGAGUUGCUGUAAGCCAUGCAGCUCUUAUGUGGCUAUACUGGCCAGUUACAGGAUAUCAUGGCAUUUGUUAUGCAUUUGGAAAGUAAAUUUUUUUUUACAAAACUUGUUAGACAGCUGCAUUUGUUUCUUAAGUACAUAAGUUCCUACAUUAAAAAGAAAAAAUAGAUUUACUGACAAA